CGACUCGACAAGCCAAUUCCCCAACUAAUAAUGCAAACAAUAAUUCAUCAAACCCUGCUUCAGAUCGUAAAGUCUUGGAUAAUCGACCUGCUUUCACAACCACGUUUCAUGCUACACCUUUCCAAACUGGUGCUGCUAGGAAACGUAGGACUGAUGUGUUAG